AUGGACUCAAAUCCGGCCUCCGUCGACAGAGGGUCGACAAUCAUGCCACGCAAUAACCAUUUAUCGCUGGUGCAGGGCGCUGUGAAGGGCCCGUAUACUACGGUUCCCACCGCCGCCACCAGUUCUCCUACUACUGCUCCUGUUACUUCCACCACCACAGCCAUGACCUCGCUUACAACCACCAUUCCUAUAAUGGCCUCCACCGCAGUGCCGACCUCAACGGCCGCGUCAAGGGAGCCUCGAUAUCUUCCACCAUCACAGCCGGAGAAUUUCGGCGCACAAAACGCCCAUCUCAAUCCAUCAUCCGAUGCAUCCACGGAGUCGGUAUGGACGCAGCGGGUUUUGGGCGAGAUGAAAGACAUGCUGCUCCUUCUCGGCGCUGACGGGCGGAUUGCAUAUGCGUCGCCUGCCUGUCAUUGGAUCACCGGCUAUGAGUUCGCCCAGAUGGACAGGCAAGAUAUUGCCCGUUUCAUCCACACGGAGGAUCGGACGUUCUUCGCGGCCGAAAUGGAUGAAUGUAUCACGAAGUCCCGGCCAUUUCAUUGUCAUUUCCGAUUCUACAAGCGCGACAAUUCCAGCUGUGUCCUCGAGGCGUAUGGACAUCCGCAUAUGGCGACGCCCAAGAGGGGCAGCGGCAGCAGUAACGGCAAACUGGCUCAGGCCUGCAAUGGCGUGUUUCUCAUCUGUCGACCCUAUCCCACAAAGAGCUCGCAGACUCUCGAUUCGUUCCUGGAGCACAAGCUCGAAAACAUCCGCCUGAACCAACAAAUCGCGCAACUGAGGGAGGAGGAAGAGGAAGACGACAUUAACGCCGGCCAGCAAGCGGCCACCGGUAACCAAAGAACCACAACGACGACCACACAUACAAUGCACUCGACAUUCAUCACCUCUGUGCAGCAAAGCGUCACCCAGUCCAACGACGUCGACGCCGACGCUACCGGAUCGGGUGAUGAUUCCAACGACUCGUCCGACGAGCCCACCAUCGGCGACGAGUCCGAUUCACGUUCAUUUCUGGAACAAAUCGAGGAUCGGCUACCUCAGACAGAAGACAUGUCUCAUAUUGAAGGCAUCGAGGUUAUGACCGGUCUGUAUUAUGGAGACGGCGAACGAUCACAAGGACUCAGUACCGGCCUGCGACAAGGCCGUCUCUACCACUGCAACAGGGACAGCAGCUCGUCCGACUCGGAAGAUCAAGAAAUGCAAGAUGGCGACCGGAGGAAACGGCUAAAGGGAGAAUAUAUGUGCACCGACUGCGGCACAGCCGACUCUCCAGAGUGGAGAAAGGGUCCCGAAGGACCAAAGACGCUGUGUAACGCGUGCGGGUUACGUUGGGCUAAAAAGGAGAAGAAGCGUCAAGACCCGAUGUAG